GCUGUGUGUAAAAACAUGGCUGCACAGGAUGUCUCGACUUUCUUCCAGCCUCUUUCCUCCUGGAUGUCUCGGGUCUAUGAGGCUCUCCAGCAAGCAAGUGAUUCCUUAUCUUCUUCCUGGAACAACCUGGGAAGCAAAGCGGAUCACCGUGGAGUCGAAGAGGAGGAGGAGGAAGGCUUAGAAAGCAGCAAUGGGCCUUAUGACCGUUAUUCUGUAGCUUCAGAUGAUGACAGCACCUUUAGCCAGGAGAGUGAGGAAUCCGAUGGCUUCCCAUCAUCCCACUGUGGCCUUGCUUUGCUGGAGUCUUCCUGUGCUUCAGACCAGGGUCUGUAUUGUCGCGAGGGGAAAAGGGGCAGCCCCCUUGUCUUGGAGGAAUAUCUUGAUGAUGAUUCUUCAACGUCCUGUGGGGUCUACCAAAGCUACAAGGUCCACCAAACCAUGGAAGCCCUUCCCACCAUCCCAGAGGAAGAGGAGCACCUCCAUUCCAAGACCCUUCAACGCAACAGGGAUGAUCUGGAUGGGUUCAGCCAACUGAGUUACCAAGACAACCUCUCUUAUCACGAAGAUGACCAUCUAUCCCUUGAUUCGCGAACUGCCUCCGAGAGCAGGGGCUCUGGGCAACCCAAGGACCCUGAGAUGGAGGUUAGUGCGACACCAAGCCUCAGCCGGCAAGAGACAGAAGGGAGCUUGGAAAUGGAGACGGCUUUUAGCAACCAAGCAUUUGAAGGGAAUGACGCCACUGACAGCUCGUCUGCUUGGAGUCCGGAGGACCACGAAGGAGCAAGUGCCCUUCCAGCUCAUCCUCAUGCCAUUGAGCCCAUCUCCAAAUGUGGAGACCUAGACGUCAUCUUUGAUUUCAAGUCCUCAAGCCAAAAGCUGCUGGUCACUGUUUUGGAAGCGAAGGCCAUCCCUGAUAAGGAUCGCAGCGGGGCCAGCACCUGGCAAGUCCACACGGUCCUGAUGCCCAGCAAGAAGCAGAGGGGGAAGUCGAGCGUCCAGAGAGGCCCCAACCCAGUGUUCAAGGACAAGAUGACCUUCACGAAGUUGGCUCCAGAGGAGCUGAGCAGCUACGCCCUCCGUUUUCGCCUCUACUCCGUGCGCAAAAUGAUCAAGGAGAGGAUGAUGGGGGAGCGGUUGUUUUAUCUCAGCAACCUCAACCAGGAGGGGGAAAUGAAGGUCACGUUGGUUCUGGAGCCAAGGAGCAACUUGUGUAGUGGUGGCUCUCAGAUCAGUCUUUCCGGCAUCUCUCAGAGUGACAGCGCAUCUUCCACCCAGUCCCUGUCCCACGGUGGGGUCCCAGAGCUGCUGGUCGGGUUGUCCUACAAUGCUACAACAGGGCGGCUGUCGGUCGAGAUGAUCAAGGGCAGCCACUUUCGGAACCUUGCUAUUAACAGGCCUCCUGACACGUAUGGCAAGCUCUGCCUCCUCAACUCGGUGGGCCAGGAGAUGUCUCGCUGCAAGACUUCCGUCCGCCGGGGGCAGCCCAACCCCGUCUACAAAGAGACUUUCGUCUUCCAGGUGGCCUUGUUCCAGCUCUCGGACGUCACGCUGAUGAUCUCCGUCUACAACCGCCGCAGCAUCAAGCGCAAGGAGAUGAUUGGCUGGCUCUCCAUGGGUCAGAACAGUAGCGGAGAGGAGGAGCUCAGUCACUGGCAGGAGAUGAAAGAGUUUAAGUCGCAGCAGGUGUGCCGGUGGCAUAGACUCUUGGAAUCCUAACGGGAGGAAGCCCUGGUCGUCCCAGUAACGUGUGUGCAGGUGAUCUCUCUCUCCCAGGCCCCAAAGGUGGAAGUUGUCUGCCUAGCACUUGACUUGAGUUUAUAUCAGAACCGGACAUCUAACACUCUUCAAUAACACCAUUAUUGCAUUUGACUUUGCACUUCUUUCCCCCGUCUCUCCUGGAAACCUCUUGAACUAACAGCCGGGCAGUUGGCAAAGAGAGAGCCGCGAGUUCUAAUCUGAUCAACCCAUUGAUCCAACACCAAA